CUCCACGGCAACGCUCUCCUGCACCCUUCUGCGCACGUCCGGCCAUGGCGCUCGCACACGCAGCUGCCGCGGCGGCGCCCCAGAGUCAGCCAAAGCCGAUCCUGCCUGCGCAGCCGGUGCGGCACAGCGGGCCGUCGCCCUUUGCGCAGCCGUUUGCGCUCUCGGCGCAAUACGUUGCUGCCAAGGAGGGCACGCCGCUCGACGAGGUCGACCCGUCGGCGCCGGCGCCGUCGAAGAAGAAGGACGAGCCCUUCGCGCAUGACCUUGGCGUGCGUCUCAUCUGCCGCGACUGCCAGGUCGACCCGCCGAACCUCGUCGAGGAGUUCGCCAGCGGCGAUGUCGUGUGCGGCGACUGUGGCCUGGUGAUCGGCGACAAGAUCGUCGACACGCGCUCCGAGUGGCGCACGUUUGCCAACGAAGAGGGCGAUGACCCGUCGCGUGUCGGCCAGGCCAACAACCCGCUCAUGGACGGCCUGACGGAGCAGCUCGACACGCGCAUCGGCCACCGUGACGGCGGCUCUGGCGCCGCACGCGACCUGCAGCGCACGCUCGGCCGCGUCGGCGGCACGUCGCACCGCACGAUCCUCGACGCCUUCGAGGACAUCCAGCGCAAGUGCGACUCGAUUCACUUGAACCGCCAGGUAUCGGAGACGGCCAAGCAGCUCUUCAAGCGCGUCGAGAUGGAGAAGAUCCUGCGCGGCAAGAAGACGGACGCCAUCGUCGCUGCGUGCAUCUACAUUGCGUGCAAGAUCGCCAGCGUGCCGCGCACGUUUCCCGAGAUCUGCGCGCUGACCAAGGUGUCCAAGAAGCUCAUCGGCCAGUCGUACAAGGAGAUCUCGAACGCGUUCGGCCUGCACAAGCAGUUCCAGGCGAACGCGGCGGGCGAGGGCGGCUCGGGCGUGACGCCGACGAACGCCGUCGACCUCGUGUCGCGCUUCUCCAACCACCUGGCGCUCGACCGCCCGACGAUUGGCUGCAUCCGCGACGUCGCCGAGCGCAUCCGCGACGAGGGCCUGCUGGCCGGCCGCAGCCCGAUCACCAUCGCCGCGGCGUGCAUCUACUUUGCCACGACGCUGCUCGGCCAGAGCGUCAGCGCCAAGUCGAUCUCGAACGCCGCGGGCGUCAGCGACGUGACGAUCAAGUCGUCGUACAAGGGCCUUGUUGACAGCAAGAGCCGCAUCCUCACGCCCGGCAUUCUCGAAAAGCACAAGCUCAUCGACGUGGCGAACCUCUCGUCUGCGUGAUGUGCGCCGUGCACCCCUUCUAAUGACCUGUCUUCUGCUCUUCCGCUCUGCUUCGCCCUGGCUCUGCAUCCCUCACAUCAUCACAACCCUACAUACAUCAGUCACGCAGCUCCCGUUCCCUAUCGUCCUUGUCGCCUUGUGCAGUGCAGGCCAGCCCCUCACUGCGUCAAACCCAAAUACAGUGUCGCUUCUGCCUCU